AUGCCGCCAACAAAAAAGACUGAUUUAGACAAAUUAGCAUGGGGUUGGGUAGAAGGUGUGCUAUUAGAAGAAAUAGAAAGGAUACAUUUGGAAACUGCUUAUAGGAUAGGUUUAAAAGCAUGUAAAAAUUGCAAACGUAAUUGCACAAAUAAUCCACAAUGCUUGACUGGACUAGGAGAGGAAAAGUACAUGAAGUCACAGCCUGCGGAAGUAAUGUCUUUAGAAAGCUCUUUAUCAGAGUUACGUGACCCUACUCAGUAUGUUGGUUUAAAGAAUUUAGGUGCAACAUGUUAUGUUAACAGUUUAAUUCAAAUGUGGUUUCACAAUGAAGAUAUGAGGAGGAUAAUAUACAAAUGGAAUAUCAUAGAUGAUCCGGAAGAAAAGGAAGCUGUGUGUGACGCUACGAAGGCAGGAAUACCGUUUCAUCCAGUGACAGCAGUCGGACAGUUGCAAUAUAUAUUUGCAAUGAUGCAAUUCGGAAAUCGUCGUCUACUCGAUCCAAUGAAUCUUGCUGUCGCGUUGUCUUUGGAUACUAGGACUCAACAGGAUGCACAGGAAUUCUCCAAGCUACUUCUCUGCCAUAUCGAAGGGAAACUGCAACAAAACUCUGACCUGAAGCAGAUGCUGCAGAGGCUGACCCAAGGAAAAUACAGCUAUAUCAAUUGUUGUUCGAAAUGCGGUACUGAAUAUCCAACAUCCACGACAUUCUACGAGUUGGAUCUACAGCUCGCAGCCACUUUGAAAGAGGCGAUAGAAAAAUACUUGUCUGUGGAGCAAUUGACUGGAGCAAAUCAGUACCACUGCGUUACGUGCAAUGACAAAAAAGAUGCGCGUCGUUUUAUACGUUUGGAAUCCCUACCAGAAACAUUGAACAUACAACUAAUGCGUUUCGUGUUUCAUAGGGAUUCUGGGCAGAAAAGAAAGUUGAAUUCUUUUAUACAGUUUCCGGAAGAUCUUGAUAUGUCUGAAUAUGUGCGGUGUCCACCGCAAACCCAUUUCUACAGUCUCGUCGCUGUUUUGAGUCAUAAAGGUCCAUCUGCACACUCGGGUCAUUACAUUGCAAAUAUAUGUAAUUCGAACGGAGAAUGGUAUCAAUUUAGCGACGACAAAGUGGAAAGAAUGCAGAAUAAAAGAAUAGAGGACGGUGUUGCUGAGAAUUCAAAGGUUGUAAAACGGGGACGCAUACCUAAAGGAUUUCUGUCCUCUAAUACCGCGUACAUGUUAGUCUACAAAAGAGCUACCGUAGAGAGGCGGACGAAUAACACGAAAAAAAAUAAACAGAAGAAAUUGGACACUGAUUUAAAUAGCGAUGACGAUGUGAUGAUCAUAGAGACUGUUGGUGUUAAAGAAAAAUCGGAUUCGUCAGAUGAAGGAAAACGCAAAAUCGAGUGUAUUUCCGUUUCUCCCGAUUUGGAAAUUUCUGGAAAAAUACCAAAAUUGGAUCUGGAGGAUAAGCAAGAAAUAGAAAUCUCAGAACAAUCUCCUCAAGAUGACGCAGUAGAAACAGUGACGUUUACGAAAGUUGAUUCCAAUUUCGACGAACAAAAUGGCAAACACGACGAGUUCGACGAUAAAGAAAAUCAACAGGAUGUACAAAUGAAGAAACCAUUUGUAAAAAAUACGAAGGUGGACUAUAAGCGAUUAAAUGGUGCUGCACACAGGGCCAUGAGUUGCGGGGAACGCGAUUUCUACGAAGAGAUGGAGUUCGAAAGUUGGGAAGUGAGUGUUACGCUGCGCGAGUUAGUCAGGCAAGAAAAUGUAAAGUACGAGCUAAGCUUGCUGGCGAUUCAACAAGAAAAACAAAAAGAGAUCGAAGAUCAGAAUUUGAAGAGGCAGCUCGUAAUAGACGUGUACAAUAUUAUCUCGGCCAUAGAAUCGUGGCAGAUAUAUCAGUGGAUUCCAAGCGAUUGGUUGUCGAAAUGGUUGAACGGCCACUUGUCCAUUGACGGAGUACCACCGAUAGACAAUUCCACGUUGAUGUGUCCGCAUUAUCGACUGGAUCCUUUAAAAGUGAAUCGUGCAAAGUGUAUGCCUCUGGCAGCUGCAGAUCUGCUUUUCGAUAAAUAUCGCGGUGGGCCACGAUUGGACGAGAAUUCUUUCUGCGAGGUUUGCGUAAAACGAAGAUACAAAUUGCUACGUUUCAAGAUAUCCCUGGAACGUGACUACAAGGAAGUCAGUGAACUUAUACGCAACUUUAAAGAGACAUCUGAAACGAGUUACAUCGUCGGUGCUGAUUCCUUGAGGUCGUGGCGGAGACUCGCGAUGGAGAAGUUCAUGGACGAUUUGGAGCAGGAAAUAGAGGCUGAGGAUUACAGCGACCCGAAUGGCCCUCAAAAAGAAACUAAAAUUGUGACCAAGAAAAGUGAAGCACUGAAAGAACCGGGAGAAGGCGAAGAGAACGAGAUCAUACUUUACUUCAACGAGGAUCUACUCUGUGAACAUAAUUCUCUGAAAACACCGGACUCCUCGAGAAAAGUAGUUCCUCGUGAAGCUUGGAUGAAUCUUCAAAAGUACUUCCCAGAGUCUAAGGAAUAUGUUGUUGGUUCUGCGUCGUGUUCAAUUUGCGAGGAGAAGAUGGAGAACGCUCAGAAGGCGAAGAAGGACGACAAGAUAAAGGCGAAGCAACAAAAGGACGAGUUGAACGACUUGUAUCAUUGCAGAAACAGGAACGAGAUAUUAAAGUGUGAAGAUCCGGAGAAGCCAUACUACAUCGUGGAAAAGGGGUUUCUAGACAGUUGGCGUUCCUUCGUUCGAUACGCUGAAAUAUUCUCGAAAACACCACCCAUUGGUAUCAGGAACGGUGUUCUUCUCUGCGAGCCGCACAAAGGACUGCUCUAUUCGCCUAGCAUUACCAAUGAUCUGUAUACUAUAGUGACAGCGGAAGAGUGGGCGAAGUUGAUGCAGUUUUACGACGUCGAUUAUCCAAUCAUCAUUAAGAAACGCGAGACAGACUUCGAUACAGACCCGAAUCUGUGCGCGGCGUGUAUGCUGGUCAGAGUGGAGCAAGAACGUCUGGAGAGCCUGAGAUACGACAGGGCGACGAUUUAUAUAAAGUGCGUGGAGGAGAACGAGGACGCGAAGGCAGAGAACGACACUGAGGUGGCAGCGAAGAGACCUAAAAUGGAGAACGCCAGGCCAUCGAGGACCAGGAGGAACCUGAAAGGAUCUCACGAACUGAAAGUGUCCUCGGAGAUCACUUUGAAAGAGCUAAAACUAAUGACGAUGCAGAUCUGUGGUGCUGGACCCUACGAUCAGCAUCUGAUGUUGGGCGAGCACGAGCUGAUCGACGACAAUCAGAGUCUCGCUGCACUUGGUAUAUUUCCUGGAGCGCUUCUCACCUUGAAAAUUGACGCGCCCAUAGAGAACGAGGCGGAUGUCACGUCAGAUGUGAACAACCCCGAGUCAACCUCCCCGGAAAAGGGUUUCAAGGGAACGGAAUUGGUGCCGAGCUGA